CGUAAAUAGUAUCGCUUUUACGUGGCAUGUCGCUGCUGCGAGGAUUCUGCUCGCAGAAGCGGCGAAAAUACUAGUAAUUCAGUUUUGUGUAUAGUAAGAAAGAACAAAGUUAUCCGUUUGAUUCGACAACAUGAACCCGCCACAGCUGGGAGGAGGAACAGUGUAUGGGGGGCAGCCCUUUGGUGAGCCCCACAUGCAGCAGCCUGGACCCCCAGCUUUUCCCCAGGGACCACCAGCACCUUUCAUGGCCUCAGCUGCCAAGGCAUACAAUGGUGUGGAUGGCUAUGCUGCUGGUGCUGCCAGUGUUGCUGGUGGUCUUCCACUAGGGAUCCCUCCCCCCAAAAUGGGAAUGGGACCACCACAUGGUGUCUACACAGGGCCACCACAGCCUCAGCAGCUGCCUCCUCAUAUGCACCAGCAGCAGUCACAGCCACUGCCGCCACAGCACUCACAACAGCAGCUGCCACCGCCUUUGCAUCAGCAUGUGCCACACAUGCACCAACAGCAACCUCAACUACAACAGCCACAGUUUCAGCAGCAGCAGCAGCAGCAGCAGCAGCAGCCAGGUCCACCACCCAAAGGGAUGCCCUUCCAGCAGCCAGGUCAGUUUGCACCAAGACAAGUCAAUCCUCAGGAGCCUCCUGGAGUUCAGAGGGCACCCAUGCAAGCAUCACCCAUGCAAGCGCCACCAAUGCAAGUGCCACCCAUGCAACCACCGACCAUGCAGCCACCACCCAUGCAAGGCCCACCACCUGCUGCAGGCCAGAGGCCCCCCAUGGCUGCUACACCUGACCAGCAGCUGAGCAACCAGAUGGGCAACUUGCAGUUGUCUCGGAGGCCACCACCACCUAUGGGACCAAGGCAGCCUAUGACCCAGCAGCCACCCUACCCUUACUCCUCUCCUCCGGGUGGUGCGCCCCCACCUACGCAGUUCUACAGUCCCGGUGGUGUCCCACCUCAGGGUACACAGGCUAAUGGACCGGGCAGUUUAGGCCCUCCCCCAGGUGCUGGCUAUGGCGCCCCACCCGGUGUUCAAAUGCCUGCUGCCCACCCCACCAUGACAGCGCCGCCGCCACCGCAGCAGCAGCAGCAACGGAAGCUUGACCCUGACCAGAUGCCGAGCCCAGGUCAGCAAAGUGCAUCCUUUAGCAAGUUACCCUGCCACAUCCAAGUAAUAGAAGAUGAUCGCAAAGCACACAGUGGUCCUUUCUACACAAAUAAGAGGGGCCUGGUGCCACCACUGGUCACUACUGACUUUAUUGUGCAUGAUGAAGGCAUCUGCAGCCCUCGAUUUGUGCGUUCUACCAUCUAUAGUGUGCCAUGCGCACCAGAGAUGCUGAGGCAAACGGCUCUUCCAUUUGCCCUGUGCAUCAGCCCUUUUGCACGCCAAGCUCCUGGUGAGAGUGCCCUGCCACUGAGUGAUUUCGGGGAGGAAGGCCCUGUGCGGUGCAACCGGUGCAAGGCCUACAUGUGCCCACUGAUGCAGUUCAUAGAUGGCGGGCGCCGCUUCCAGUGUGUCUUCUGCAAAGCUACUACUGAGGUGCCUCCUUCUUAUUUUGCUCAUUUGGACCAUUUGGGCCAACGAUCAGACAAGUUCCAGCGACCUGAGCUUUGCCUUGGUUCCUAUGAAAUCGUCGCCACCAAGGAAUAUUGCAAGAACUCUGUGUUUCCUGAACCUCCAGCCUACCUAUUUCUGUUAGAUGUGUCAUACAACAGUAUCCGGAAUGGCCUGGUACGCCUCUUCUGCAGCCAUAUUCAGACUAUCCUCCAGGAACUGCCAAGGGCUGAGGGUGAAACAGAAUCCAAAGUGCGUGUAGGCUUCAUCACUUACAGUAGUGUUGUGCACUUCUACAAUCUCAAGGCCAGCCUGGCUCAGCCACAGAUGCUGGUGGUGCCAGAUGUACACGACAUGUUUGUGCCUUUGUUGGACGGUUGCCUUGUGACUGUGCAAGAGGCUUCGAGCCUCAUUGAUAGCCUGUUGGAGCAGAUUCCUGUAAUGUUUGGUGAAACCCGUGAGACAGAAACAAUCCUUGGAGCAGCUAUUCAGGCUGGCCUGGAAGCCCUCAAGGCCGCAGAGUGUGCUGGAAAACUCUUUGUAAUGCACACGAGCCUUCCCAUUGCUGAUGCUCCUGGAAAGUUAAAAAACAGAGAUGACCGCAAGCUGCUUGGCACUGACAAAGAGAAGUCGGUGUUGACACCCCAGUCACCCUUCUACAACCAACUGGGACAGGAGUGCGUAGCAGCUGGCUGCUGUGUGGACCUGUUCUUGUUCCAUAAUGCCUAUGUUGACGUGGCAACAGUGGGUCAAGUGGCCAAGAUGACUGGGGGACAGGUGUACAAGUAUACAUACUUCCAGAGCACAGGUGACAAAGCACUAGUCCAAAGGGAAAGUAACGUCCAGGGCCUGCAGGAGGAUGUCGAAGGGGCCAGGUUUCUUGAAGACCUGCGGCGUGACAUCUCCCAGCCCACGGCUUUUGAUGCUGUUAUGCGAGUGCGCACAAGCACAGGCAUCCGGCCUACUGACUUCUACGGUAACUACUACAUGGCUAACACCACAGAUGUUGAACUGGCCGCGGUGGACUGCAACAAGUGCAUAGCAGUUGAGAUCAAGUAUGAUGACAAACUGUCAGAGGAAGAAGGGGCCUUUGUACAGGUGGCUCUGCUGUACACGACAUUUGGAGGCCAGCGCAGGCUCCGCAUUCAUAACCUUGCCCUAGCUACUUGCUCUCAAAUGGCUGACAUGUAUAGAAACUGUGACCUGGACACCAUCGUCAACGUCUUGUCCAAACAAGCUAUUCGGCAGCUAUUGGAGCAGAGCCCUCGACAGGUGCGUGAUGGCUGCAUUGGUCGAGGUGCCCAGAUGCUGGCUGCAUACCGGAAGCACUGUGCUAGCCCCUCUUCGUCCGGUCAGCUUAUCCUCCCUGAAUGCAUGAAGCUACUGCCCCUGUACCUCAACUGCCUGCUCAAGAGUGAUGCCCUUUCUGGAGGCCCUGAAAUGACCACUGAUGAUCGGAGCUUUGCUAUGCUCUCGCUGUGUAGCAUGGAUGUGGCGAGCACAGUGGCCUACUUUUACCCACGCCUCUUGCCUCUGCAUGAUGUAGAUGUGGACUCUAUGGACCUGCCAGUUGCACUACGAUGUACUGCUGAAAAGAUACAAGAGGAUGGCUGCUACCUUUUAGAGAAUGGCAUCCAUAUGUUCCUCUGGAUUGGAAUGGCUGUUGACCCAGACUUUCUACAAAAUGUGUUUGCUCAGCCUGUGGCAGCCCGGAUAGACAUUGACAAGACGUCCCUGCUAGAGCUGAAUACACCAAUCUCAAGGCGUGUGCGGGACAUCAUAGCCCGAAUACGCAUGGAAAGGCAGCGCUGUAUGCGGCUGACACUGGUGCGCCAAGGGGACAAGAUGGAGCUCGUGUUCCGGCAAUUCCUUGUGGAAGAUCGGCAUGGAGACUCGGGCCCUUCAUACGUGGACUUCCUCUGCCACCUGCACAAGGAAAUUCGCAACCUGCUCAGCUGAGGUCCCGUACUUGUGCCUCCAGUCCCGGCUAGCAAGCUUUUGUGCAACACCACUGCGCCUAGAAGGUGGGCCUUGUUUUGCUGCUCCCCUCAAUGAGCAGUGCUCACACCGUGGAUGUCGCCGAGUAACUGCAGCACCUGGCAACUGACUGCACUUCUGUUUGAAGUGACCACCACAGUGGAUGGAAACAGUGUCCCAAAUAUGUGCAGAUUUUUUUUAAGUGUUGAUGAAGCAUUGGAAGAGGUUGCCUGGAUUUCCCUGGUUGCUGAUUCAUUUUCCCAUUUUAAUCAUGAGCGUGACAACUUGAUUGCGAAGUGCCUCCCUCCGUCCCCUCCUAUUUUUUUCUUUUUGCAUGUCAUUCUGUCACAGUGAACUAUUUCCUGAAAAAGCUUCUGUAAAAAAUGCAUGGUUGAAAUAUGGGGAAAAUGCUUGCGCUACUGGCAUUGCCUCUCUCUCUGUUAAUGAUGAAGGCAGGGAACCAAUAGGCUUACGAAAUGGAUGGCUGUGUUAACCAGUACUGCCAGCAACCAUUUCAUUUUUAAGCUCGCUGUAAUAUUUGUUUUGUUGUUUGCAGUACAGACAUGUUGCUUUUUUUUAUUUUAUAGGUGUCUUGUAAGCAUAUCACUGUUUAAAUAGAAGCUUUUUGCAAUGUCGCUGAAGGACAUUUAAUGCAUUGAGGCCACGAAAUUGAGGGUGGCUUUGUUCUAACCAGUAAGAACAUUGAAGGCGUCCUGUAAGUUUGUUCACUUCUCGUGGUUGGUGUUCAUUUGUGCUUUUUUUUUUUAAUUCACGGAAUAUGGCUCGGAGAGCACUCUGCAAAAAAUUGAACUAUUUUUGAAUUGUGCUAAAUGCAUUGCUUCUGAAGUGGAGCCAUUCUUUUAAACACAGUUGGCCCAUAUUGAAUAAUAACAUCCAUUUCCUCUCGGCUGUGUGUGGUUCAACAAAAAUUGUUGUAAAUUAAUGUUUCCAGUUGCUCGUGGCUUGGCAUGGUGUCUGUGGUUUGAUGGAGAUGGCCAUGUAAGAUCAGAGGUUCGAAUGAAAUAGAAAGCUAAUAAAGAUUUUUCAUCUAUUC